UCAUAUUUACUUAUAAUGUAAAAAUUUUUUCGAAGCAAUUGAAAUGAGAAUCUUCUGCACGUCAAAUCAAUAUGCUAUUUUUAUUUAGAAGUGAAUGUGUUUGCUUAUGGAAUGAGGCCACUUUUCAUAUUACCAUUCACUUGUUUGAAAAGAUGAAGUUAAUUGUUUGUACUAAGUGCAAUUAUAUUCCUUAAUUGAACCCAACAGUAAUAUCUUCAAACCACAUAAUUAGAGCUGCCAUUUCCAUGCACUUACCACAUUCCAUGACACAUUACCACAUGGAUUUGGAUUUAAAGUCAGAUUCAAGUUCAAGAGUCAAUCAGUCUCAAACACACAAAAAAAUGGAUACCUGGUUCAUCAUCAUCCUUAUCUCCUUCUCCAUUUGCUAUCUUCUCAGCUCCAUUUUUACCAAAUUCCAAACCUCCACCAAGCUCCCACCAGGCCCUCCUUCAAUCCCCAUCCUCUCCACCUUCUUAUGGUUCCGUACAUCGCCUCUUCAAAUGGAGUCAUACCUCCGCACCGCCGUCGCCAAAUACGGCCCCAUUGUCACUCUCCGCAUUGGCUCUCGCCCUUCCAUCUUCAUCGCCGACCGCACCAUUGCCCACAAAGCCCUCUUCCAACACGGCGCUCUCUUCGCCGACCGCCCACCGGUUCCUCCUUUAACCAAAAUCCUCACAAGCAACCAACACAGUAUCAACUCCGCCGCCUACGGCCCACUCUGGCGCCUCCUCCGCCGCAAUCUUACUUCCCAAAUUCUUCAUCCUUCCCGUAUUAGAUCCUACGGCCAUGCUCGCGAGUGGGUUUUGGGUAUUCUUCUUAAUCGUCUUUUCUCUCACUCUGAAUCGGGAAGUUCCGUCUAUGUUGUAGAUCAUUUUCAGUACGCUAUGUUCUGUUUAAUGGUGUUGAUGUGUUUUGGGGAUAAACUUGAGGAAUCCCAAAUCAAAGAAGUCGAGAAUGUGCAGCGUACAAUGCUGUUAAAUUUUAGGCGUUUUGGUCUCCUUAAUUUAUCUCCUAAAUUGACCAAGUUUUUUCUUCCGAAGCGCUGGGAGGAGUUUCUGCAACUAAGAAGGAACCAAGAGAGAGUCAUAAUCCCGUUAAUCGAAGCAAGAAGAGAAGCGAUAAAAAGCAGAGCAAACAGAGGGAAGAGAGAAGGUGAAAAACAAGAACAAGAAGACGGUAAAGAAUUCGUGUUGUCAUAUGUAGAUACACUACUCGAAUUACAACUCCCCAACGAGGAUAAUAGAAAGCUAACGAACAGCGAAAUGGUCACAUUAUGCUCUGAAUUCCUCACUGGCGGAACCGAUACAACAUCCACAACCUUGCAAUGGAUAAUGGCAAAUUUAGUGAAAAACCCAGAAAUUCAGCACAAGCUUUUUACAGAAAUGAAAGAAGUAAUGGGCGAUGGAACAAGGGAGGAAGUGAAGGAAGAGGAUUUGGGGAAGCUUCCAUAUCUAAAAGCAGUGGUUUUAGAAGGAUUAAGAAGACACCCACCAGGACAUUUCUUACAAGCACGAGGAGUGAAGGAGGAUAUACAAUUUGAGAAUUACUUGAUACCCAAAAACGGGACUGUGAAUUUCUUGGCAGCGGAGAUUGGUCGAGAUCCAACAGUGUGGGAAGAACCGAUGGCGUUUAAGCCGGAGAGGUUUAUGAAUGGCGACGGAGGAGAAGAAGCGGCAGGGUUCGAUGUAACAGGGAGUAAAGAGAUAAAGAUGAUGCCGUUCGGAGCAGGGAGAAGGAUAUGUCCUGGCUAUGGUUUGGGGAUUCUUCAUUUGGAAUAUUUCUUAGCGAAUUUAUUAUGGAAGUUUGAUUGGAGAGGUGUGGAGGGAGAUAAUGUUGAUCUGUCGGAGAAGUUAGAGUUCACAGUUGUGAUGAAAAAGCCUCUGAAAGCAAACAUAAUUCUGAGGUUGUAAGUUCUGUGAGCUAAGUUUGCUUACUGAUGUAGGCGUUUGUAUUGUGGUAGUUAGUUCUGUUUUUGUUGAAUAUUACCAUGGUUAACGUUGGACUGCGAUUAACAAGUGGAUGUGGAGAUACCUUCUUAGAGAGUUUCUUAUCAACAACUAUAUCAGAGUCUUGUCCAUUGCACUCAGUGUCUUGGUGACAUGUCCUUUGUGAUUCUGUGGUUAAGCUAAUCAAAUUGAGAACGAACUCUAUGGGAAAGAAGUUGGUCUAGUUAAAAGUAAUUGUUCGAGAUUAAACACAAAUGGAUUGUUGCGUUGAGGUAGAUGACAACCUUGUUAACAGAAAUUGGUGCAGAAUGAAGAGACACUAAAAGUAUUUUCAUCUCA